GUCACGACCGUGUCCAAUCAAGUGCCGCGUUUUGCCAGACGGUGUUUAGCUGCCGCCCAAUCACAGGCUUUGUUUCGUCCCACCAAUGAGACUCGUCGCUGCGUCCAAGUCGCCACUUGAGCUCACUCCGCGAAAGGCUCUCGUGAUCGUUACGUCGUCGCCAUGCCUCAGACCAGCAAGUCCGUCGCCGCCGCCAGCGCUUCGGGUCAGGCCUCCUCUCCGGACCGGGGCGAACCGCCGCCGCCUGUGCCGCCCACGCGGGACGGCGCCGAGGAGCAAGGAGACCCCGAGAUCGUCAAGUCGCCCAGCGACCCCAAGAAGUACAGAUACAUCCAGCUGAGCAACGGCCUCAGAGCGCUGCUCAUCUCCGACUUGAGCGCCACCGACGGCAGGACCGAAGGAGGCGACGCCGGCCCGGAGCAGGAUGACGACGAUGAUGAUGAUGAUGCCGCCGACGACGACAGCGGCGGCGAAGACGAUGCGGAUUCGGGCGAGGGCUCGGAGGAGGACGAGGAGGAUGGCGAAGAGGAAGAGCAGGACAGCGACUUUGCCGAGCUGGACGAGGACACCGCAGCCAAGAAGAAGAAGAAGAGCGGCGAAAAGCAGGCUGCGGCGGCCCUGUGCAUCGGCGUGGGCAGCUUCAGCGACCCCGACCAACUGCCCGGCCUGGCCCACUUCCUGGAGCACAUGGUGUUCAUGGGGAGCCGGAAGUACCCGGCGGAGAACGGCUUGGACGCCUUCCUCAAGAAGCACGGCGGCAGCGACAACGCCUCCACCGACUGCGAGCGGACCAUCUUCCAGUUCGACGUGCAGAAGAAGCACUUCCGCGAGGCGCUGGACAGGUGGGCGCAGUUCUUCAUCUGCCCGCUGAUGAUCGAGGACGCGGUGGACCGAGAGGUGGAGGCGGUCGACAGCGAGUACCAGCUGGCGAGGCCUUCGGACUCGCAUCGCAAGGAGAUGCUCUUCGGCAGCCUGGCCGCGCCGGGACAUCCCAUGAGCAAGUUCUGCUGGGGAAACGCGCAGACGUUGAAGCAGGAGCCCAGAGAGCGAGGCAUCAACACGUACCAACACCUGCGGCAGUUUUGGACACGAUAUUACUCGGCGCACUACAUGACGCUCGCUGUGCAGUCCAAAGAGACUUUGGACACGUUGGAGCAGUGGGUCCGAGAGAUCUUCGUCCACAUCCCCAACAAUGCUGAACCGGCGGUGGACUUUUCUCAUCUGUCGAGGCCGUUCGACACGCCGGCCUUCCACAAACUCUACCGAGUGGUCCCCGUGAGGAAGGUGCACGCUCUGACCAUCAGCUGGGCCUUGCCCCCCCAGGGCAAACACUACAGAGUGAAGCCCCUCCACUACAUCUCCUGGCUGAUCGGACACGAGGGCAGCGGCAGCAUCCUUUCCCUGCUGCGCAGGAAGUGCUGGGCGCUGGCUCUGUUCGGGGGGAACAGCGAGACGGGCUUCGACCAGAACACCACCUACUCCAUCUUCUCCAUCUCCAUCACGCUGACCGACGAGGGCUACCGCAACUUCUACCAGGUGGUCCACUUGGUGUUCCAGUACCUGAAGAUGUUGCAGACUCUCGGCCCUCAGCAGAGGAUCUACGAGGAAAUUCAGAAGAUUGAAGAUAACGAGUUCCACUAUCAGGAGCAGACGGAUCCCAUCGAGUUUGUGGAGAACGUCUGCGAGAACAUGCAGCUGUUUCCCAAAGAGGACUUCCUGACCGGAGACCAGCUCAUGUUUCACUUCGACCCCCAGGUGAUCGCCGAGGCUCUCUCCUUGCUGACUUGCGAGCGAGCCAACUUGCUGCUGCUCUCUCCGGAACACGAAGGCCGCUGCCAGCUCAGGGAGAAAUGGUUCGGCACCUCUUACAGCGUGGAGGACAUCCCGGCCGAGUGGGCUGAACGCUGGGCGUCCGACUUUGAAGUCAACCCCGAGCUCCACCUUCCCGCCGAAAACAAGUUCAUCGCUUCCGACUUUGCUCUGAGGCCCUCCGACUGUCCCGACUCGGAGUAUCCGGUGAAGAUCUUGGACGACCAGCGAGGUUGUCUGUGGUACAAGAAGGACAACAAGUUCAAGAUCCCAAAAGCGUACAUUCGCUUCCACUUGAUCUCGCCGGUGAUUCAGAAGAGUCCUGAGAAUCUGGUGCUCUUGGACCUGUUGGUCAACAUCCUGGCUCACAACCUGGCCGAGCCGGCGUACGAGGCCGACGUGGCGCAGCUGGAGUACAAACUGGUGGCCGGCGAGCACGGCCUCAUCGUCAAGCUCAAAGGCUUCAACCACAAGCUUCCCCUGCUGCUGAAGCUGCUGGUGGAGCACCUGGCGGAGUUCAGCUCAGACGUGGGCGUGUUUGACAUGUUUUUGGAGCAGCUGAAGAAGACCUACUUCAACAUCCUCAUCAAGCCCGAGCGUCUGGCCAAGGACGUGCGUCUGCUGAUUCUGGAGCAGCGUCGCUGGUCGCUGGGUGAGAAGUACCGGGCCGCGGUGGCCGGCUUGAGCCUCCGAGACCUGCUGGACUUUGCGGGCCGGCUGAAGGCGGAACUGUACGUGGAGGGCCUGGUGCAGGGCAACUUCACCAGCACGGAGGCCAAGGAGUUCCUGCACGACUUGACAGAGAAGCUGCAUUUCCAACCUCUGCCGGCGGAGGUGCCCGUGUCCUUCCGCGUGGUGGAGCUGCCCGUCGCUCAUCACCUGUGCAAGGUCAAGUCCCUCAACAAGGGCGACGCCAACUCGGAGGUCACCGUCUACUACCAGUCGGGCCUGAAGAAACUGCGUGAACACGCCCUGAUGGAACUGCUGGUGAUGCACAUGGAGGAGCCCUGCUUUGACUUCCUCCGGACCAAAGAGACGCUGGGCUACCACGUGUACCCCACCUGCAGGAACACCUCGGGCGUCCUGGGCUUCUCCGUCACCGUGGAAACGCAGGCCACCAAGUUCAGCACGGAGUUGGUGGAGUCCAAGGUGGAGGAGUUCCUGCGCUCGUUCGGCGCCCGUCUGUCGGCGCUGAGCGACGAGGCCUUCGCCACGCAGGUGACGGCGCUGGUCAAGAUGAAGGAGUGCGAGGACGCUCACCUGGGCGAAGAAGUGGACCGCAACUGGUUUGAGGUGCUGACCAGGCAAUUCCUCUUCCAGAGACUCAACAUGGAGAUCUCGGCGCUGAAGGAGCUGACGCGGGACCAUCUGCUCGACUGGUUUGCCGAGCACCGCCGCGCCGGCAGGAAGCUCAGCGUGCACGUGGCGGGCUUCGGCACGGAGGAGGGCGACCCGCGGGACCCCGACGCCGGCUGCGGUCCGGACGGCGCCGCCGCCGCCGCCUCCUCGUCCUACGGCGAGGUCGGCUCGCUGAACUUCCUGCCCGUCUCCUCGCCGGCCCUGAGGGACGCCACGACGGCCGUCUGCGACAUCCGAGCCUUUACCUCCGCCCUCCCUCUACACCCUUACCACAAAGUCCUCAGCUAGGUGGCGCUGUGGCAUUGUCGCCCCCUCCGUUGUUGUCGCGCAGACCAUUAAAAGUCUUGGACAAGCCGGCUUUUC